AUGAGCUUGGAGUUUAUUAAAAGUGGGUCAGGGUUGAACGUUGAAAGCUUCGAUAGUAAAUACAAUCUCGAGCAGCUCAAUUUUCGAGAUGCUAAAUGUGCCAAUACUGGGGGCAUUAUCACUGAGGACAUGGAUGAGUGUAAUUACAUUGAAAUGAAUGCCAUCUCAAGUUCCAUUGUGGACAUUAGUACUUUCCAGGAUAAUUCAUUUAUUCCUCGAAGAUCACCAAUGCGCCCAAUUUCUUCAACAAAUACAAUAAGGGACAAGUCUGUAGACAGCUAUGUCUCGUCAAGAGACUCGGGUUCAUUUGAAUGUAAUCCGAGCUCUUCGCUAGGUUCUUUUGAAGACUCAAUCUUCUCACAUCAAGAGGAGAUACUCAAUAAUGAUCAUUGUAACUCAACAGAAGAAAAUUUUCUUAAUCUUGACGGUAUAGAUGAUAUUGACGCUUUUCUUGAGGAAAUAAAUAUCGAUGAGUGUGGCAAUUCAAAUGUCGUUUACAAUGUAGAUGAGCUCGUUCAAGUAUUGCUUGUCCAUCAUCCUUCAGAAUCUUCUAUUUUAAUCGAUACUGCUACUAUUGAAAAAUUAAAGGAUUGA